CCCCGCCAGCGCAGCACAGGCCAUGUGUCGAGUAAACUCGCCCCUCCUUGGCCCUGGAACACCGAAGAAACAGAUCUAAUCCACGCCGGCUAUCGACCCGCCUACCCUCCUCCUUCUCCUGCUCCCAAAGUCGACGCCUCAACCGAACCAGCACGAGCGUCAACAUCAGCACCAAAACCCCAACCCACAACCAAGCUCAAACCCAAACCCACCCCCAAAAGAAUGGCCGAACCCCGAGCCCGUGCCGCCCGGCACAAGGGGCAGAUGAACUUCGCCUCGGAGCGUACGUUGCUUGCCUUACAGAUACUAACCUCCCAAAACAAAACCCCUUCGAGAUAACUAAUAGCAGAGAAAACAGUCCGCCUUCUCCUCCUGGCCUACGGCGACCCAAGCCCCCACCCCUCCUUCCCCUCCGAACCCCUCCCGGAAACCGUCCGCGUCCUCGACGAGAUCGUCACCGACUUCGUGCUGGAGAUGUGCCACGGCGCCGCGCAGUACGCGAGCUACUCGCGCCGCCAGAAGAUCAAAGUGGACGACUUCCGGUUCGCGCUGCGCCGGGACCCCAACAAGCUGGGCCGCGUGCAGGAGCUGCUGCGCAUGGAGCGCGAGCUGAAGGAGGCGCGGAAGGCGUUUGAUCAGAAUGAUGAUCAGGUUGGGAAUCUUAAGGAUGCAGCCGCUGCCGCCGCGGCGAAGAAGGGUGCAGGGGGUGGUGCUGCUGCUGCGGCGGCGGCCGGGGACGAGGAUUUCGGGGCGGCGGAGAGUGUGGAUGGGAGGAAGAGUAAAGGGAAAGGCAAGAGGAGUGCUGCUGCCAGAAGGGAUUCGGAUGUCACCGAGGAGGGUAGUGUGACGGCUGGGGUGGCGAAGAAGAGGAAGGUGGGUGGUGGUUGAAAUUCUGCGAUUCAUUCGUUUCUUGGCUGGCUAUGUUUGCUACAUGGCGUUCUCGGGGUUUCUUCUUUCUUCUUUUUCCUUAUAACGCGGGGUGGGCUGGCUAUCAGGAUUGCAUUGUGCAUCGGGUGUAUUUAUAUAAAGUGAUAUCCCAUCAUUCAGUUAUCAUUGACAGUGGGGGGCGUUGAUGAUAAGAAACCAUACACUGAAAUUUUGACACGC